AUGGAAAUUAUUGUUAAACCGAAUUCCAGUAGGUGUGAAUCUUCAAGUGCGCUGUCCUUCAAUUCCCUCAACUUGUCGAAUCUCUUUUUGGCAAAAAGUAUAUGGCUCUUUUCUGAGUUAAUGUUGCGAUCGGAUUGUUUUGGUCAAAUUCCAAUUCAUGACUGGUGGGUAAAAGUUUUUGACGAACUUACCACUUCUUUUCAACGUAAUUUGAUGGUUGUAAUUUGUUGGAGAAUAUGGCUUGCAAGAAAUGAUAAGUAUUUUAACAAUUCUGAAUGGACAGCCUCAGAAGUGAACUGCAGAGCAUUGACACAGUUACAUGAAUUUUCAUCUGCUCAUGUGUUAAAUAAUCAAUCUUUGAUUAUGCAUAAUGGUUCAUCUCGGCAGGUACAGCGGUGGAGGCCUCCACCGCCUGGAAGGAUCAAAAUAAAUUUUGAUGCGGCCUUAAAUAUCAGUAACCGUAUUGCAGCUGUUGGUUUGGUUUGUUCAAAUUCUUCUGGGUACAUCACUUAUUGUUGCUCUCAUCGUUUUUCAGGAAUAGUUUCUCCUGAAAUUGCGGAGACACUGGGGAUGUGGCAUGCCAUUAUGAUUGCUUCUCAACUCGGUCUAAGGAAUAUUAUUAUUGAAGGUGAUUGCUUAAAUGUGAUCUCUGCAGCUCAAGGUAAGAAGGAUAUUCCGUCAACCAUAGAAGUCAUAAUCUUUGAUACCGUUCGCUUAUCAUCGUCGUUUAUAUCUUGCGACUUUGCAUAUGUUAAGCGAAUGGUAAUUGGAUGGCCCAUGAAAUGA